GUGGGUGUGCUGCCCUGGUAGCUGGUUAUAAUAAGAGCUCGUCUGUAGCUUUGUGGCUAGGUUGCAGGUUGUUUUCUUGAUAGCCGCCCGGGCUUAGCUGUCGUCGCCACUGCAAAAUCGGUCAUUACAGCGGCACGCCAGACGGGCUGUAAACUACAGUACACUGAUCUGUGAUUUGCUGCUCUCAGAUGGACCAGCAGGACCAGUCCUAUAUGUUUGCAAGUCUGACACGGCCUCACUCAGAGCAGCUGCUGCAAGGCCUCCAGCUCUUGCGGCAGGAUCACGAACUAUGUGACAUUGUGCUGCGUGUGGGUGAUGCCAAGAUCCAUGCCCACAAAGUAGUGCUGGCCAGCAUCAGUCCUUAUUUCAAGGCCAUGUUUACGGGUAACCUGUCAGAAAAGGAGACCUCUGAGGUGGAGUUCCAGUGCAUCGAUGAGGCUGCCUUGCAGGCUAUAGUGGAGUACGCUUAUACUGGGACGGUGUUUAUCUCCCAGGAGACAGUGGAAUCUCUGCUACCUGCUGCCAACUUACUCCAGGUUAAGCUUGUACUUAAGGAGUGUUGUUCCUUCUUAGAGAGCCAGCUGGACGCUGGAAACUGUAUAGGCAUUUCCCGCUUUGCAGAGACUUACGGCUGUCAUGACCUGUGCUUGGCCGCAACGAAGUUUAUCUGUGAGAACUUUGAGGAAGUCUGUCAAACGGAGGAGUUUUUUGAACUGACAAGAGCCGAGUUGGAUGAGAUUGUGUCCAAUGAUUGCCUUAAGGUAGUCACAGAGGAGACUGUAUUUUAUGCCCUCGAAUCAUGGAUCAAAUAUGAUGUAACUGAGAGACAGCAGCAUCUGGCUCAGCUGCUGCACUGUGUUCGCCUUCCGCUGCUCAGCGUCAAAUUCCUCACUCGCCUAUAUGAAGCCAACCAUCUUAUACGAGAUGACCACGCAUGCAAGCAUCUGCUCAAUGAGGCCCUCAAAUAUCACUUUAUGCCUGAACACCGGCUGUCCUAUCAGACUGUGUUGUCUGCACGUCCCAGGUGUGCUCCAAAGGUGCUGCUCGCAGUAGGAGGCAAAGCUGGACUGUUUGCCACAUUGGAAAGCACGGAAAUGUAUUUCCCUCAGACGGAUUCAUGGAUAGGACUGGCCCCUCUCAGUGUACCCAGAUAUGAGUUUGGGGUGGCGGUGCUGGACCACAAAGUUUAUGUUGUGGGAGGCAUCGCCACACACAUGAGGCAGGGCAUUAGCUAUCGGAGGCACGAGAGCACCGUAGAAAGCUGGGACCCCGAAACCAACACGUGGUCUUCAGUGGAGCGUAUGGCAGAGUGUCGCAGCACACUUGGUGUGGUAGUCCUGGCCGGAGAGCUGUAUGCCCUGGGAGGCUAUGACGGCCAGUAUUACCUCCAGUCUGUGGAGAAGUAUGUCCCGAAGCUGAAGGAGUGGCAGCCCGUGGCACCCAUGACGAAGUCCCGCAGCUGCUUUGCCACCGCUGUGCUGGAUGGGAUGGUGUAUGCUAUUGGAGGCUAUGGCCCAGCACAUAUGAACAGCGUGGAGCGGUAUGACCCUAGCAAGGACGCCUGGGAAAUGGUAGCCCCCAUGGCAGAUAAGAGGAUCAACUUCGGAGUAGGUGUGAUGCUUGGAUUUAUAUUUGUGGUGGGUGGACACAACGGAGUGUCGCACCUGUCCAGCAUCGAGCGGUACGAUCCACAUCAAAACCAGUGGACGGCGUGCCGACCAAUGAACGAACCCAGAACUGGUGUGGGCUCUGCCAUUGUGGACAACUACCUCUAUGUGGUAGGAGGUCACUCUGGGUCAUCCUACCUGAACACCGUUCAGCGUUAUGAUCCCAUCUCAGACAGCUGGUUGGACUCCAGUGGUAUGAUGUACUGCCGUUGUAACUUUGGUCUGACUGCCCUUUGACCCAUGGCCCAGCCAGCUAGGACCCAAUAAAUUACCUUAGACACAAAGAAGACUUUUUCUCUCUUUUUUUUUUUUUUUCCCUCUUGUUCUUUUUUUUGUUUUUUGUUUUUUUGGAUCUCUUCCUCUUCCUUCCCCACAUUCAUCCUCCAGGUGCAGAUGAGCUUACCUGCACGCUUUUUGUUAACAUCAGAGAGCAUUUCUGGGUGGAUGGGUGUACCGGGCUAGCUGGCUGGCUAGAAGGGGGACUGCAGAAGGUGCUGCAGGGAUGAGGAAGAGCUGGAAGGUUCUGGAGAUAUGAGAGGAAGGUGUUUGGAUGACUGUCACUGGAAAACUGAGAUGAACGCUCUAUUGCUGCUGGACCACAAUGAGGACUUCGAGCUAUGUCUCAGAGGAUUGUGGAAUCUGCUCAUUUACGUUACAAAAUUCUUCGUCAAGUUUGCGGACAGUUUUAUGUUGUGCUUCACGUCCUUAAUUAUGUUAAACUUAAUGUUUUUGUUUUGUUUAGGAAUUUCCCUGCUGCAACCAGAGCUGUGUGUUCAAAUUUCCUAGAACACUGCAGUUUGCUUGUGGAUUUGAUGACUAUGUGGUUAUUGGCCAUAUAGUGUGUAUGUCUGUGUGUGUGUAUGGUCCAGGGGGUACGUGCAUGUCAGAUAGAACUGUUUAAUUUUGUUUUGUCACAUGUCUGCGUGCAGAACUGAUGCUUGGGCUCAGCAACGCAGGAUAAUUCUGCAUCCACAUCAGUGCUUGACAAAAAAACAACAACAAAAAAUAGAAAAGUUGGAAUAUUUAUAUUUUCUCAAAAAAGGGCUGCCUUUCUCUUGUAAAUAGUCUAAAUGAAAUAUAUAGAUAUAAAUAUAUCCUCUAGUGCAUUGCCUGUAAAUGUUUUUCUGCACUGGCUCACUAAUGUGUGUGCGAAUGUGUGUACAGUUUGAUUCCCACAGCCACUGUAGAGGUGAAUUCUUCUGAAAGUGUUCACCACUAGUCUCUGCUUCAUCCUCUGAGCCAUUUAAAAAAACAAAACAAAAAAGGAAAAAAAAAAAAGGCCUCAUAUUCUCUCUUCUGUUGCAUCGGUCUAAGGUCAGAUCAUGCACUUGCUACUGUUCACAAUAGUUGAAACUGACCUUGGCCUUCUUUUCACCUUUUUUGGUCUGUAUACAAUACUAACUGGUGCUAUAUUUAGGAUUCAGGAUUUAGCUGUUUGUCUGCGUUGCUUCAUCCAGUUAAUGUCAAACUCUGUUAGGCCUCUGCUGUGUAACUGGUGAUAGUUAUUUGCUAUCGUAUGAAUUUAAUUGGAGAAAAUGCAAGUGGCCCCUAAAACUACUAAAAAGGAAGCCUGUGGACCAACAACUGCAAACUUCUAGCUGCAUAGUCCCCAAAGGCAAGAAGAUUGGCAUGAUUUCAUUCAUUUUUUAUUUUAUUUUUUUUUCUCUCCCAAAUAUUUCAAACUUUUUCUUUUAAUGUUACACUUUCUCCAUUGAGCAUUGAGCAUGCUUUGUCAAUUAUCUGUAGCUGGUAUGCUCUCUUGGCUUUGAACACGAUUUUAUUUGUGAUUGGGUCGGACAUUUCUGUGCUAGUUAAUCCUCCACUAAAAACAUGUCUACACGUGGCCAGGUCUUGCUUGCAAGCUCAGGUUUUAAGUAAUAUUUUCACAGAUUGGUGUGAAACGCCAAAACGUUUAAAAAGGAAACGGUCCUACACAACAUCUUCCCUUGUGUGCCACAUUUGAAAUAUUUCCCCUGCAUUCUUCCAUGUGGUUAUAUAUGGAGAUGGAUGAUAAAGCACCAAGGGAUGUGCUUGCCAACUCUGGCCAUGUUGGUACUGUCAUCAGCCAAGGGAGAGGGUUCAGAGCGUGCCCCUGGGGUGUGGGCGACUGGGCUCGAGUGACUGCACAGCAAUAGAGGGGACGCUCGACUAGCAGACGGCCAGGUAGUGAUGCGUCUUAAGUCACUUGUUUUAUGUUCAAGGCAAGUUUUGAGUUGCUUUGUGGACUAAUGUUUGCACAUAAGUGGGAACUUUAACCAAGCUCUGCAUUGCACUUACCAAACUAUUUGAUACAUAUUGUAAUUUCUAUAUAUGUUUUGAUUUAAGCUAAUGGCAUUUAGAUACUGCAAUAAGACUUUUGUUCCCUUUCGUGGGUUAAAUUAUGUUUUGUUGUUUGUCUCUUUAACAAAAAAAAAAAAAGGCCAAGGCAUCUCAUGUUGGUGUACGAGAACCCCCACACAGCAUGUCUGUCAGAUCAUACUGUUGGCUGGUGAUGUGGAUGUCCAAAUGAAACAUCAGAUGGUAGCUUGACAUUGUCUAAACCAACCAGUCAUCCUGUGUUGUCAUUUUUGUUGUGCAUGCUGGUUCAUUUUGCACAAAGCAUGUUUAUUUGGGUCAAUUUAGAUGAAUUUUUUCCUGCAGUUCAGCACUUAAGUCUUGUAAACACUACAUAGGUGUGUUCUUUCACCUUGCCCUUGCUUACUCUAAACUCAAUCUGUAAGAUGAGAACUUAAAUGACAUUUGCCGUGCAAACUGGUCAGGGUGUCACAUGUGAGAAUCGCGGUUUGUCAGAUUCUUUUUUUUUUUUUUUUUUUUCCCUCCCAUCAAAGUCAAGUACUUUGAAUUUCUGAUUUAUUUGAAAAGUAACACACAACUUAAUUUGUAUGUCUGUACACUUUAUUUCAAAACGGCACAACUAUUAAUUUUGUAUUUAAUUUUUGUUUGUGUUCUCUAAACUCUUGUUUUCUGUCUGUUGUAAUAGCGUUUGUCACUUUAGCACUGCAGCCACGGCACAGAAUCACGCAGGCGUAAUUGUGCGCCGUCGCCGCUGCCAUGAUUCAUCUUGUGUCACUGUUAUGUACAUAUGUUGCCAUUUCUGACGUGUAUACUAACUAUUUUAAGGUUGGAGAGAGGCUGAUGAAAAUCUGGAAACGUGAAUCUGCAAAAAAAGAAGGGAUGUAUGCAUUUUUUUUUUUUUUUCAUUAAAUUAUGGCCUAAAUUAAUGUCAUGUUUUGCCACCACUCUCACCAAAGUGCUUGUACAAAGAAAGCAGAUGGAUGACUAACACAUGUUCUGCAGUGGCCUACCACUCUGUUUAUGUCUGGGGGGGGUGAAAAAAAAAAAAAAAAAAAAAA